UCGCUGUCUGCUGACUCGGAUAGAGAAUUAAUGGGAGCGCUACAGUUACCAAUGGUACAUGCCAAUGGUACAUGCCAAUGGUGCAGAGCAUUGGAGCACACUAGCUAGUAGUGACUAGAGCUUCAAUUGCCUGCCUCUGGCGUGACAUCACUUAAAGGCCGAGGGCGUCUAGCUUUGUGAUAUUUGCAUUUGUCGCGCUUUUCAGCUAAUAUCCCGCCAAUUCCAGGUCUCACAUAAGCUGGCGUCGCCUGCAACUUUUCCUGCAGCAUGGCGAAUGGUGCAAUCCUUGUUGAGAGGGGGGUCCCUGGCAGGGCAGCAGACUCUUUACCACCAGGCGCUGUCCUAGUAACAAUCAACCGCCCGGACGCGCUGAACUCGCUGACAAGACCUAUGCUGGAGCAGCUGGCUCAGACCUUCAAGAGCUUGCGAGCUGACAAGUCUGCAAGGGUGGUCAUCCUUACUGGCGCUGGUCGAGCGUUCUCAGCAGGCAUUGAUUUGACGGCAGCCCAGACCGUGUUCCAGGGUGAUGUGAAGGACAUAGAAGCUGAUCCAGUUGCACAGAUGGAGCUAUGCCCACUUCCAAUCAUUGGUGCAAUCAAUGGGCAUGCGGUCACAGCUGGCUUUGAGAUUGCGCUUGCGUGUGACAUCCUCAUUGCCAGCAGAGAGGCAAAGUUCAUGGACACCCACACCAAGUUUGGGCUGAUGCCAUCCUGGGGCUUGUCUCAGAAGCUGCCUCGCCUGAUCGGGGCCAACCGAGCACGCGAGGUCUCCUUCACGGCUUUGCCGUUGGACGCUCCGACUGCUGCACAGUGGGGCCUCAUCAGCAGAGCCGUGGAGCCGGGCCAGCUGCUACCGGAAGCCAAGCGGCUAGCAGGAGCCAUCAUCAAGAAUCAGAGUGGCUUGGUGUCGCGAUACAAGGGAGUCUUGAACGACGGGCUCAAGUUGCCUUUCGGUGAAGCCAUGAAGCUGGAGAAGGAGCGUGCCCAUGCGUACUAUUCACAAAUGAAACCGGAAGAGUUCAAGGCGAUGCAGAAUUUUGUUGCUGGGCGAUCCAAAAAAGGGGGUUCUCAGAGGUCAAAGCUUUGAGACUGAGGUUGAUAUUACUGUCUCCAGAUACGUGUAAUCUACUUUGUUGAGAAUAUCUCAUCUAGAACCUCCUGCAGGGAGCUGACUGUAAUUGAUACUAUGAAACCUGUAUGAUAAUCAAAUGCCGAGAUCGAGGUCCCUUUGCAUAACCUCUGAUUGUGUCGGAAAUUUUGUGCUGACAAGGCACGCCGCUAUAUUCGGGCCCCACAUAUUGGUCGGGGUUCUGCCUUACCAUAGGUCAAACAACGCCUUGCCAGAGAGGAUCUCUUGCAAGAACUCGUAAAUUGAUUCAAACAGCAGACUAACACCACGAUCACCGAAGCAUAUUGUACCCGAAGUACUUACAACUUGAAUCCUUAUUAGGAAUAUACUGAAUCGGGAGUUUGAUUGACAAUAAGGCGUAUACAUCGAG